GUAUCCGAGCGCGCCGGGCCGCGUGGAGGCCGUUCAGCGAAUGGAGGUCAGCGAGGGUGAUCGCUGCCCCGGUCUCGCGUCAUGGAGAGCCCGGGUUGCUGAGCGGAACAAGACUGGGGCGGAAUUGUUGAAAGAAACAUGAAUAUGUAACAUGUUCUCGAAGAAGGUCGCGUUUUCCAGGACUUGAAAAAAGGACCUUGGAAUCGCUUGCUAGGAGUCUUCCCUCCCUCCCUCUCCCUGCCCCCACCAUCAUGGCGGUCCGCCUGAUGAAGCAGUGCGCAUGCCUGUUGAGAGAAGCUACCCGUCUAGUCCCCACCAUUGCUCCAGUUGGCCGACUGAGACUUGCCGGGGUGGCCUGUAAGCAUUUGACCUCCUCAGUCAGUUCCCCCUCCUCGGGUUCCUUGACGGAGCUGCUGGGAAAAGAGCAAGUGUUUACACCCUACCCAGAGCACCAAGAGGUAGAUGACCUCAUUGAGAAAGCCACCAGGCCAGAGGAACUGCUACAGCUGCUAGGUGGGGGUCAUCGCCUGCACCACAACCACGCGGCCCUCAUACUCAUCCGGCUCUCUUACCUGCUGUCCGAGAAGCCAAAGGAGAAGGCUUUGCUUUUAGAGGAUGCUCGCUUUCAGCAGGUUGUCAGUCGGGUCAACAGUCAGAUAACUUCGAUCUGGCAUGGGACCCUUGUGAAGCUGCUGCGGAGCCUGUACACGCUCGUGCUUCCUCAGACCUCCAAGGAGCUGCAGUCGGUGGAACAGGAAGUGCGCUGGCGUCUGCGGAGGCUCAAGUACAAGCACUUGGUCUACCUGGCUGAGUCCUGUGCCUCCUUCAUGCAACAGCAGCACUCGCAGGAGCUGCUGGCUGAGCUGCUGAUACACCUGGAGAGGCGCUGGACAGAGAUCAAUGACAGCCGCACAGUAGUGACCAUGAUGAUGAAGGCAGGACACCUUUCAGAGUCACUAAUGAACCGCCUGGAAGACAAGUGCCUGGAGCUGGUGGAGCAGUUCGGCCCUGAUGAGCUACGGAAGGUGCUGGUGACGCUGGCAGCACAGAGCCGGAGGUCUGUGCCCCUGCUGCGGGCCAUCUCCUACCACCUGGUACAGAAGCCCUUCCCGCUGACGAAAGGCAUGCUCCUGGACCUGGCCUAUGCCUACGGUAAACUCAAUUUCCACCAAACCCAAGUGUCCCAGCGCCUAGCUGCUGAUCUCCUGCCCUUCAUUCCCAGCAUGACAUUUAGCGAGGUGGCCCGUUGCGCCAAGUCCUUUGCCUUCCUCAAGUGGCUCAACCUGCCCUUGUUUGAAGCCUUUACUCAGCACCUGCUGAGCAGAGCCCAGGAUGUCUCCCUGUCCCACCUGUCCAGCAUUCUUCUCGCCUUUGCCCGUCUGAACUUCCAUCCUGAGCAGGAGGAUCAGUUCUUCACCUUGGUGCAUGAGAAGCUGGGCUCCAUGCUGGGGAGCCUAGAGCCAGCCCUGCAGGUGGACCUGGUGUGGGCACUGUGUGUGCUGCAGCAGGUUCGAGAAUCAGAGCUGCAAACAGUUCUCAAUCCUGGACUUCACAAACAAUUUCUAGAGAGCAAGUCUCCAAAGGAGCAGAGCACCUUCCAGAAGUUGGUCCACAUCAACACUACCGCCCUGCUGGAGCACCCUGAAUAUAAAGGCCCUUUCCUGCCAGCCUCAGCUGUAGCGCUCGGUCCCUCGUCCUCCACCAAGAAGAUGACACCGCUACAGAAGGAGCUGCAGGAGACACUGAAGGCACUGCUGGGGGGCACUGACCAGGGCAGCCUGGAUGUGAUCACCCAGUAUGGCUGGGUACUGGAUGCAGAGGUGCUCCUAGAUGCCGAUGGCCACUUUCUGCCCCUAAGAGAUUUUAUUGCUCCUCACCUUGCCCAGCCAGUAGGAAACCGACCACUGCCCCCAGGAGCUAAAAGGAUCGCUUUCCUGCGCUGGGAGUUCCCUAACUUCAACAGCCGAAGCAAGGAUUUGUUGGGCCGUUUUGUCCUAGCUCGUCGACAUAUACUGGCUGCAGGCUUCCUAGUAGUAGAUGUACCAUAUUAUGAAUGGCUGGAUCUCAAGUCUGAAUGGCAGAAAGGCGCCUACCUCAAGGACAAGAUACGAAAAGCAGUGGCUGAGGAGUUAGCCAAAUGACCUUUCCCAUUGCUUCAGACUGCAUCCCAGAGACCUGACUGUUCAGUGUCCCAGCAGUGAGUGCUGGCAAGACAGAGUUGUCACCCUGAAGCAUGAACCAUCUCUAUAGGACCUUGGCCAGAGCAGUGGGGUGGCCAGCAGCUCCAGAACAGGUGGACCUAAUAAAUCUGUGGUUUUGGUGGA